AUGCCUCCCUUACCCUCCCGCCAGCUUCUCACGACACUUAUAACCUCCCUCAGCAAUACACGCUGGACUCUGAUUCGCACCCUUCGAAGCGAGAACCCCCUCGACCUGAACGGCCAGCUACAGGGCAACGCAUCCUUCACCCCUCAAUCCCCCGCCAACUCCACCACCGACGAGCAAGACUGGCUCUACUGCGAAGACGGCGAGAUCCCAAGCACAAUAGGCAUAGGCGCAUCUCAACCCGGGCUACGCUGGACAAAGAAAUACAUCUGGCGCGUAAACCCCGAAACCGGGCGCGUGAGUGUCUGGUUCGUGAAAGUCGCGCCAGGCCCCGAAGAAGCAGACUACCUAUUCCAUGACUUCGAAUUCGACUCAGAGAGCGGAUUAUUGGACUCCGCACACGUGAAGUCCGAUGCGCAGAAUGAUCCCGGCGAGUUUGUUGCGCCGCCCGUUCCAUCGGCUGUAUUGGCUACAGGCUCCGGCAAUGAGACUACUGUGUUGAAUGCGCGUGGCAAUCAUCUUUGUAUUAAUGACAUGUACCGCACUGCCUAUGCAUUCCGGAUCGAGCCUGAGACUGGGGUUGUGGUUAGUUGGGCUAGUCGACAUGUUGUUCGGGGCCCGAAGAAGGGGCAGGACAUUGUUAAUCAGUAUGUAAGGGGUGUUUGA